AUGAUAAAAGUACAGUCGACGUUAACAUUGCCAACAUAUCAGCCAAUACCUAGUGGACUAUGUUGUAUGAAUUUUAUGAGUUUAAAGGUAAUAAUUACACUUACAAACUACCUCUUUAUACUUUAUUCAAGUUUAUAUUGCAUAAAGUACUAUUAUAUUACUUUUCUCUACCCUACGUCUUACUAUAAAGUAUAUCCCUCUCCCUAUCUUACUCUAGUUUUUACCACCAUAUAUUUUACCCUACCAUGGUCAAUCGUACGCUACUUACUAUAACCUACCCUAUCUUUCCUUGCAUUACCCUGCUUUCUACUAUAACUUAACACAUUUGCUAUCAUGACCAGGGCCGGGCGGGGACUUUUGGACUGGGGGCAGGGGUCCAAAAAAUCGGCACAUGUGGUGUGCCGAUUUUUUGCGAAAUUUUCUUCCAAAAAUCCACAGGGGGGGGACCAAGUUCAAAUUUUUUCGAAAAUUUUUUUCUGGGGUGGGAUACCCCCCCCCCGUCCCCUCCCCCCUCGCGCCCGGCCCUGAUCAUGACCUAUCCAAUACUGUCUUACUUCCUAUCAUGACUUAACUCACUCUACCCUUACUUUAUCCUAGUUCUUAUUUUACUCCCUACCAUAACUUUUCCUAUCCUACCCUACUCUGCCCUGCGCUAAAUAAGUGUUAUACUAUUUUUUUGAAAUUACAGUAAGAAUCAUUUACGGUAAUAAGUGUUUUGCCACUUUUGCAAUUCGAAAGAGUUUUGUUCUAUGAAGUAGGGGCGAAUCGAGACGGUUUACGUACCAUUUGGGCCUUAUUUUGAGUGUUUUUGACGGAUUUUAGCUAAUUGUUUUCGUCGAAUUCGGCGGGGUCGAUAACCAUAGAUCGACCUUUUAAAUGCACUUUUAAAAUUUAAAAAAAUUAUAAAAUUUUUAUUUCGUAAAGAAUUUUUUAUAAUUAAAAAAAAUUUUUUUUUCUUUUUUGACUUAAUUUUUUACCCCGAAUCAAAAAAUUCUCCACCGCACCCUUAAAUUAUUUCCUACCCCCACCUCAAAUUUAGAAAAGUAAUUUCAGACAGGAGCCUACAUAGUGGUAUACAUAGAUCUAAUGGGCCUAACAGCACAACUAGCCUAUGUAGCGGCCAGAAUGAUGAUAUAUUGUUGUACAACAUGGACAUUUGUAAUCACAACAGCAGCUGUAGUACAGCUUAUCAUAUGUUAUUUGUUGUUUCAUGGUGUGAAAUAUAAUCGACCGGUAUUAUUGGCGUUGUACCUCAGCAUUGGCAUCAUUCUACGAGGAUUUCUGGCUUUUUUCGCUUUGUCAAUCAUUGCUUUUGCUAGCUUUUUUGAGUCUGUUCGUAAGUUUAUUAGCUAGUCCGGAGCCCUAGCCCAAAGCCAUAACCCAGAACCCUAGCCCAGAGCCAUAGCCUAACUUAAUAUGAUCUAAUGUUACAGAAGACAGUGUACUAGCCCGAGAUGCGUUCGUAAGAUGUUCAGUGUUAGCAUCAAUAUUAGUUAUUCUAAUAGGAAGUGGCGUAGUAAUAUACAAAUGUUUGGUGUUUAUCCGAGAUGUUCAGGACUUUUACAAAAAUAGCCAAAGAGAUUUUUCGUUGUGUCCUCAUACGGUGAGUUACCACAACAAAAUUUUACGUUAUCACCACAUUUUUUAUAGAAUUUUGUUUCAUUUUGACAGUUUUAAUAGAUUUUCUGGUCAUCAUGGCAAUUGUUAGCGAUUUUUUUAGAUUAUGAAAAUUUUUUUGAUUUUUUUGUCAUCAUGACAUUUUUAUGAAUAUUUUGUCAUUAUGACGCUUUUUAUCAUUUUUUUGUCAACAUGACAAAUUUUAUGAAAAUUUAAAUAUUUGCCAUCAUGACUCGUUUUAUAAAUCAAAAUUUUUUCAGGAUUACAUAUGCCGCCAAGCUGCUGGCUUACUACCGACCGAUUACAACAGCGAUAUGGUGUAUCGAAAUACGGAGAAAAUGGCACGCUGUCAAUUUCAUCCGACCGAAAAUAUGAUUGGAAUUGACAAAAAUGGACAUUCGGCCAUUUAUCAACUUGAUGACCGCCCUACUGAUGUUUAG